AUGGUGGUCGUCGGCCAGCAGCUGCUGGCCUUGGGCCUGAACUUCGGCAUGAACAGCGUCACCCUCAUUGAGGUGCCGGACGAUCCCGACGGCUUCCUCAGCGCCGACCAGCUCAGCUGGUCGAUCGCCGCCACGGCGCUGGGCGCCGUGCUGGGCAGCCUGCUGGGCACACCGGUGGCGCCCGUGUUGGGCGCGCGGCGCCUGCUGCUGCUCACCAUGCCGCUGUACGCGCUCGGCUCUCUGGCGGUCGGCCUCGGCGGCCACUUCGGCUGGACACUUAGCGGCCGGGUGGUCAUGUUUGCGGCGUUCGGCAUGUCCGAGGGCAGCGUGCGUGGCUACGUGUCCGAGAUUGUGCCGCCCACGCGCCGUGCUCUCUUCACAACCCUGUUGAACUUCAUGGUGUACCUGGGCCAGGUGCUGGCACUGGCCGUGGCGCCGUUGCUGCACUGGCAGGUGCUGUUCAUCGUGGUAGGUGUGGUGCCCGCCGCACUUUGUCUCUUCGGUCUCCUCUUCCUGCCCAACUCGGCCAAGUGGCUGCUCUCGCGCGGUAACUCGGAGGAGGAAGCCUUGCGGUCCAUCCGGUUUUUCCGUGGCGCACAGGUGGACGCCGCUGCCGAGGUGCGCACUAUCCACGAUUCACUGCAAGACGGGCGUGGAGACGGCGCCGCACUGCCCGUGUGGACCCUGCUGCGGCAGCGGGUCACGCUGCGCCCUCUGCUGCUGGCCUCCGUCCAGAUGGUGUUAUACGUCUGGUGCGGCGGCGCCACGCUGACGCUCAUCACCGCCUUCGUGCUGGCGCCUGUGCGGCUGCCACUAAGCGAGUAUCAGCGCUCCACGCUCCCGGCCGCGCUCUCCGCGCUUGUCUGCAUCCCCGGCGGUAUCAUUAUAGAGAGAUACGGCCGGCUUCCGGUGCUGCGUCUGGGCGGCGCGCUCUCCACCGUCGGCUGUGCCACGAUCGCCGCGUACUUCUUUCUCGCAGCGGAGUCGCAGGAGCGUCUCGGCUGGAUUGUGCUGGCGGGCGCGGCCCUGGCGUUGGUGGCCCAUGUUGGCUUGCUCGGCAAUGUCGCAUUCGGCUACGCCACAGAGCUGCUGCCCAACAAGACGCGCACCUUGGCCUCAAACAUCGUCAUCACUGUCCUGCGCAGGCUGACGUAG